GAUUCUCGAAAAUAUUGCAGAAGUUUGGGUGUUAAUUAGGUUACAGUUGUUUACGCUUCCAAGAAGUGUUAUCGCAAACUAAUGAUAACUCCUAUAAAAUUAUAUUUAUACUUUUUUUUAAUCGAAACGUAUUUCGUACAUCGCUACGUUAGAGUGUCUUAUUGAAUCUAAAAAAUGAAAGGACGCGCAAAGAUGAAGGGUUUAAGUGGUAGUGUAGUGGUUUUUUUGGUUCUUGUGGUUGGUAAAGGGACUGCUUCGUUCCAGCCGAUAGACAAUUUGCAGCGGCAUUUCCAGGAAAUCGCUUGCAAGCUUCACCAGGCCAAUAUGAGGUUGUUCCCUCACCAGCACCAGCUAUUGCAAGAUCCCUGUGCUAAUCUCACUACGACUGAAAAUCCAGUUAAAUUCGAUUUCACUAUAGAUGUGGAGCCUGUUAAUUCUGGACAAAAUGAGAUUGUAAAUAAUGCACUUGAUCCUAAGACAUCCACUGGCAAUUUAGAGCCUACAUUGAAACAGAAUGGACAAAGUAAUUCAACUGAACCCAAUAAACCUAAUUAUCCUCAAGAACAAGGGCAAAAUAAUGUUGGGGUAAAUAUUCCGAAUGGUUUUCCGAUACAAAAUAAUAAUGGAUUCCAAAUGCCUAAUGGUUUUCCAAAUCUAAAUAGUAACGGAUUUCCUGUUCAAAACAAUAAUGGAUAUCCAAAUGUAAAUCCAAAUCAACAAAAUAACAGUGGAUAUCCAAUUCAAAAUAAUGGCUUCCCAAAUUUUCCUCAAUAUCCGAACCAACCUAAUUUUGGGUUUCCGAACAUGCAAAAUGGACCAUUCCCUAAUUUUAAUCCCAACUUUCCUACUAUGAAUCUACCGAACCCUAAUCAAAAUUUCUAUCCUUAUCCACAAUUGUAUCCCAACAACGGAUAUCCUUAUCCUUAUCCUUACCCGUAUCCCUUUAAUCCAAAUCAAUUACAAAAUCAUUUGCCUCAACCGACUCAAAAUAACAAUGGACAAGGGAAUCAGAAUAUUUCCCCUAAUCCAAAUAAUGUACAACCCAUUCAAACUCCCAAGAACCUGCAACCUAAUCAAGGUAAUCUAAAUGGACAAGGUCAAGGCAGUUUGUAUGGCAAACCAAUCCCAAUCAAGCCUUUAAACAUUCCUAUACAAGGAUCCAAUAAUAACCAAAUAGAUGGACCAAAAACUACUAACAUUCAGCCACCUCAAAGCAACAUAAACGCCCAAAAUCCUGUCAACCAGAAUGUUUCUUCUAAUCCAAAUAAUAUACAACCCAUUCAAACUUCUAAUAACCUGCAACCUAAUCAAGGUAACGUAAAUGGACAAGGUCAAGGUAGUUUGUAUGGCAACCCCAUCCCAAUUCAGCCUUUAAUCAUACCAAUACCAGUAUCUAAUAAUAACCAAAUAAAUGAACCAAACACCAGCAUUCAGCCACCUCAAAGCAACAUAAACAACCAAAAUCCUGUUAAUGAGAAUGUUUCUCCUAAUCCAAAUAAUAUACAACCUAUUCAAACUUCUAAUAACCUGCAACCUAAUCAAGGUAAUCUAAAUGGACAAGGUCAAGGUAGUUUGUAUGGUAAACCCAUUCCAAUCAAACCUUUAAACAUACCAGUACCAGUACCAGUAUCUAAUAAUAACCAAAUAAAUGGACCAAACACCAGCAUUCAGCCACCUCAAAGCAACAUAAACAACCAAAAUCCUGUUAAUCAGAUUGUUUUUCCUAAUCCAAAUAAUAUACAACCCAUUCAAACUUCUAAUAACCUGCAACCUAAUCAAGGUAAUCCAAAUGGACAAGGUCAAGAUAGUUUGUAUGGCGCUCCAAUGCCAAUCAAGCCUUUAAUUAUACCAAUAGAAGGAUCCAAAAAUAACGAAAUAAAUGGACCAAACACUAGCUUACAGUCACCUCAAAGCAACAUAAACAACCAAAAUCCUGUUAAUCAGAAUGUUUCUCCUAAUCCAAAUAAUAUACAACCUAUUCAAACUCCUAAUAACCUACAGCCUAAUCAAGGUAAUGUAAUUGGGAAAGGUCAAGGAGAUUUGUAUGAGAAACCUAUCAAAAUCCGGCCUUUACUCAUGCAACCAAAUACCGUACAAGGAUCCAAUAAUAACCAAGCGAAUAAGCCAAACUCUACCAACACCCAAAAACUUGUUAGUCCUACCCAAACAAUAAACCCACACAACGAGAAGGAGCAAACCAGCCAGGUCUCGAAUUCCACAACAGAACCAACUCUCCCAUCACCGGCCGCUGCGAUCAUUUUCCCGGACUCGCCAAUCGUCCCGGAGCCCACCGAGAGCAGCAAGAAGAACAUAGUGUUCCCGGACAACGAGCUGGCGGCGAGCUACCUGCAGGAACCGGGCGGCAGGAGUUUGCUCAACGCGCCCAAAACCGGCAAAAACGAGUCGGUAAUUGUCUCCACCGCUGCGCCCGCUCUAACGGUGACUACUAGCAGAUCGAGAGCGAGCACUCGAAGCCAUUCUUCCUGGCGUAGGAACCACAACGACGACUACUCGACUGAGGAGGAUGAUGAUGACCAAAGGAGGCGAAAGUACGAAUCGGAAGAAUAUGAGGAAGUGGAUUCUGCCGAAACAACAACGAUUGACCCGAGCGAAGUGGUGACAGUGAAAAUAGGGAAAAGAAUCCUGAGUAACGUGAAAACCAAUUGUCCCGACGGAUGGAUCGCCGAUAGGAAAGGAGUUUGUCGGGAACCCUAUUAAUUAAUUCGUAAACAUUUAACAUACGAGAACAAGUUGUCAAUAAAUUAACUUUAUUAUUAUGUAAUAUAAAUAUUUUUGUCUUCAUAAUUUAAAUUCCUAACAAUUAAUUAACCAAUUGGAUUAAUUAUUCUGGUGUAGCUCCAGCUCUGAUAUCAAUCUUUCCUUGGCCCGUCUGUACUUGAGGGUUUGCAUUCGGAACAUCUGCAGAACAUAAAUAAAAUAUUGAAAGAAAAACAGAGCGUUGUACAUACAUUUUCUAUUAAACACCAAAAGAAGUAAAAGUUUGAAAAAAAUACAGUAAAAUUAGCCAUAAAUUUCCCCCAAAUAUAAAAUGCAAAAUGAGAUAACCUUCAAAAAUAAAACCAUCGACAAGUUACUUGUCACUUGUCACUUGUUACAGCUAAUUUGACUGGAUUUAAAGAUGACAAUACGAAGAACAUCACCAAUGAAUCUUACCUAAUUUUUUCCCUAUUUGCUGCCCAUUCUGGUAACCCGCGUGGUUUUCACCAGUAUGAUUUAUGUGAACAUCCACGUUAUGCUCUUCAUAGUCCUUAUGCUCAAAGCACGGAUCAUGCUCGUGUUCGUGCGCUUUAACUUUCGAUGCUAUUUGGUGCAACCGGCAUUUGGUCUCUUGGUAACCGUGCUUGAUGGUUUCCACGGCUUCCUCGCCGUGAUGGUACACAUUUUCUACGAUUUCGCCGGCUUUGUUCUUGAUUUUGCUCAAUAAAGACGGCUCGGAUUGUCUUAUGUCGCUGUUCGGGUUGUCCAAUACGCGACAAUGGACUUGGAUUGCGCACACUGCGAUCAAGAAACUGCAAAGGAGUAUUUGCUUCAUUUUGCGCUACUUCAAAAGACUUACUUGGUUGUGGCUUUUGAUCAACUAUUUAUAUUCAAUAAAUUGUGUUUUGGUUGAUUUAUUAUCGAUAAGGUCGUUGGAGGUCUGACGAGUUCAACGUCAA